AUGGCCCUCUUCUACAAGUCUUCCCGCCCUGCCGCAACUGCCUUUGACUCCACGGCUAGAUCCAAAUCGAUCGAUAGCUCUCGCGCAAAGUCCACUCGUCCCUCCCUGAUGGAGCCGACUGGACCCAUGGAUGCACUCCUGCCCACAAUGGCCUCUCUGGGUCAAGUCUCGGUCCAGAUGAUGGAACAGAGCGUUAUUGCUGCAGCACUUGACUCCUGUGAGCAUCGAUUUCCCUCAUCUGCACCUCAGGUUAUACCAGGAAUCUUCAGAAACCUUGAGACCCUGGAACUUCAGUCCGAUCGCACCUAUAGAUUUGCGAUUCAUACCUUGAACGACGCCAUGUGGACCUUUGCGAGCACGCUCAGAACUGUCAAGCUCAUGGUGGACCAAUCCUACAGGUACUGCAGUGAUCCAUCCAGCAUGGAAAAAUCCCGCAAAGCACUACAGCUCAAGGAUAACCUCUGGACCAACUCGGUUGGUGAAUGGUCCGUGCCACUUUCGCGUCUAACGCAUUUAGAGCUGGAUCUUGUCCGCAUAGCCGGCAUCGGGAUCGGAUCGUUCAGGCAGUGUCCCAACCUUGAGCUGGAACUGAGUGAUACGGCGGCCAUGAGAUUCGAUUUCGAAUCGUUGGAGGAAAUGGACAGACUGGAGACGUUGGUGUUGAGCAUGAGUGCGGAGGCGUCGCAGUUGCAUAGUUUGCAGGCACACAAGGAGCAUCAGAAGCGUUCAUUGCAGGAGAAACGACUGGGUGAGACUGCACAAUGGAUCACACGUAGCCCGACUUUGGAUGUGAAUUCUGAGACUGAUUGGGACGACGAGACUAUUGAUGAGGAUGGCCACGAGGAGGCGGACCAUACGCCUUUCUGGAGAACCGAUCAGCAAUUGACGUUGAGCGGGUACAGCUCAUUAAGAGCGACCAUGAAGGCGGAGGAAAUUAACGAAGCUUAUGCAAAGGCGCAAGCGAAGGCAGCAGGGGGUGGCAACAUAAAAAAAGGGCGUGAACCGAAGAGUAAGUGUCCGGCUUCAGGCUCAGCGGCGGCUACAGAUGGAAAGUAUAAGCGCUUGAUGUCUGGAGAGAGUUUGAUGUCCAUUUGCGCGAACUACACGGUUAGCAGACAGGAGAAGCAGGCGCUUGGGCUGAUGGUGGUCGACCUCAAGAACGUGCAAGCGUAGAGGAACUUGGGGAUGAGAGUUUGCGGGCUGAUGAAUCGGCAUUUGGUACGAUCUCAGGAUCGAGACGUGUUUCUGAAGAAGUACUAGACAGAAGGAGGUUAUGAAGAAUAGAAUACUUUCUCCAUAAAAAAAAAAGAGAAAAGGA